GCUGUUGAACUACCCCCGCGUUCCUUCCAGACGCUGGACCCUAGGUGUCUCGGGCGGAACGGCUGCGCCCCGCAGGGACGGGACGUCUGGCCUGGGCGGAGGACUCGGGGCGGGGGCGAGGGCCCGGCCGAGGCGGCCCCGAAGGAAGAGACUUCGCAGACGGGCCGCCCCCUGCGGGAAGUGAGCGCGCGUGGAAAGACCGCGCGUCCCAGAAAAUGAGCUCCUCCCCACACUGCCUGGUCCAGAAGUGAGCGUGGGAGGCACACCUUGCAGACACAACUUGGGGCUUAAAAGUCCUUCCCACUGAGAAAGUCACCGUGCCUGUCCGCAGACCCGCCCUGCGUGGCUGGGCGUGGAAACGCCUGCUUUUGCCUCGUCUGCUUCAGCCGUGGAAGACACACAGGAAGCGCCCAUUAGAUAAUCUGUGUGUGUGUGUGGCUUUCCUGAAAUUCAGGUUUCACUGCUCAGCCUACCUACAUGAUAAAAGAAAUUUCAAGCCAGAUAUUGCCAGAAAUGUCAGAAGAUUCAGAAAAGGAAGACUAUUCAGACAGAACGAUCAGUGAUGAAGAUCAAUCAGAUGAGGAUAACUUCAUGAAAUUUGUAAGCGAAGAUAUCCACCAGUGUGCGCUUUUAACAGCUAACUCUGUUGGUGACCCAUUUUUCCCCCGGACUACCCAGAUACUGUUGGAAUAUCAACUAGGGAGAUGGGUGCCACGUCUUCGUGAACCACGAGAUUUGUAUGGUGUUUCUUCUUCUGGUCCGCUGAGUCCAACACGGUGGCCGUACCACUGUGAGGUCAUUGAUGAAAAAGUCCAGCAUAUUGAUUGGACUCCUUCUUAUCCUGAGCCAGUGUACAUCCCAACAGGUCUAGAGAUAGAACCCCUUUAUCCAAACUACAAGGAAGAUACUGUAGUUUAUCUAGCUGAAGAUGCUUACAAGGAGCCCUGUUUUGUGUAUUCCCGAGUAGGGGGCAACCGAACACCCCUGAAGCAACCUGUGGAUAACUAUGACAAUACUUUGAUGUUUGAAGCAAGGUUUGAGAGUGGAAAUCUACAGAAGGUAGUCAAAGUGGCAGAAUAUGAAUACCAGUUGACUGUGCGCCCUGACCUCUUCACAAAUAAACACACCCAGUGGUACUAUUUCCAAGUCACUAAUACUCAAGCAGGAAUCGUCUACCGAUUCACUAUAAUCAAUUUCACUAAGCCUGCUAGUCUUUACAAUCGGGGUAUGCGCCCACUGUUUUAUUCUGAAAAAGAGGCCAAGGCUCAUAAUAUUGGCUGGCAGAGAAUAGGAGACCAAAUCAAAUAUUAUAGGAACAACCAGGGACAAGAGGGGCGCCAUUAUUUCUCUCUUACAUGGACAUUUCAAUUUCCACACAACAAAGAUACCUGCUACUUUGCUCACUGCUAUCCAUAUACUUACACCAACCUGCAAGAAUACUUGUCUAGUAUCAAUAAUGACUCAGUACGGUCAAAGUUUUGUAAAAUACGUGUCCUGUGCCACACAAUUGCUAGAAACAUGGUGUAUGUUUUAACGAUCACUACUCCUUUGAAGAAUGCUGACUCAAGAAAGCGAAAGGCUGUGAUUUUGACUGCAAGGGUACAUGCAGGGGAAACCAACAGCUCUUGGAUCAUGAAAGGCUUCCUAGAUUAUAUUUUAGGAGACUCAAGUGAUGCACAGUUGCUUCGGGACACUUUCAUCUUCAAGGUGGUACCUAUGCUGAAUCCAGAUGGUGUGAUAGUGGGAAAUUAUCGUUGUUCCUUAGCUGGACAAGAUUUAAACCGUAACUAUACAUCUGUCCUAAAGGAAUCAUUUCCUUCUGUUUGGUAUACCCGGAACAUGAUCCGUAGAUUAAUGGAGAAACGAGAGGUUAUUUUAUAUUGUGACCUUCAUGGCCACAGUAGGAAAGAGAACAUCUUCAUGUAUGGUUGUGACGGUAGUGAUAGAUGUAAAGCAUUAUACUUACAACAACAAAUCUUUCCACUUAUGCUGAGCAAAAAUUGUCCAGAUAAAUUUUCAUUCUCAGCUUGCAAGUUUAAUGUUCAGAAGAGCAAAGAGGGAACAGGAAGGGUGGUAAUGUGGAAAAUGGGAAUCAAGAACAGCUUCACCAUGGAGGCUACUUUUUGUGGAUCUACCCUGGGUAAUAAACGAGGUACUCAUUUCAACACAAAAGACUUGGAGUCGAUGGGGUAUCAUUUUUGUGAUUCUCUUUUGGACUAUUGUGACCCAGACCGAACCAAGUACUAUCAGUGCCUGAAAGAAUUGGAAGAGAUGGAAAAACAUAUAAAUUUGGAAAAAGUCCUUGAGGAUUCAGAUACUUCUCUGAAAGAAAUUGCAUUGGAUCUAGAGUCUAGUAGCCGAGGCUCUGACAGUUCAGAAUCCAAUGAGUCUCAGACUUACCUUCUCAAAUUAACUUCUCAGCUAAAAAACAAGAAAAAACACUUGAAAACAAAGAAGGAAAGAAAUUCUACCAUAGCAAGUAAUCAAAAUACCAGAGAAGAACCAGAGGUUUGUGAUAAAGGACAUUUAGUGCAAAGACACAAACAAUCAAAUUCUGAUGUGAAAGCUACAAACCCUGAUGUAUCAGAUGACUGUAUAUUUGAUUAUUUCAGAAGACCAUUCCCUAAUCAAGGUUUAGUGAAAAUACCCGCACGAGCUCCUUCUUGGCUUCUAAAAAGAUAUGUGAGCUCCCAAAAUAAGAUUCACAGGCUCAGCAAAGACCAACAAAGACAAUUGGUAGAAACUGGUGAGAAGUCAAUCCAGGAAAUAAUUCAGCCCAAGAGCACUGAUUUGUAUGGAAACUGUUUCAAAGUGACAUCCUUCAAGUGUCCUAUGAGCACACAAAUUCCCAGUUGGACUGAGAAGACAAGGAUCCCAAGAGGAGAUCUGCAUCACAACUUGAAAAGAAAAAUGAAAGAAUGUACUUCUUUCCAAAGCAAGACGACUGGCAUAAAUUGGACCGAUGAUGAGAAAAGAAUCUACAGGGAUAAAAGAAUAGCUCAAACUCAAGAAAUACUGCAGUAUUUGCUCCCUAUCAUGGAAAGCACUAAAAUUGUGCAAAACCCCCAGAUAAAACAGAUACUCAAUCCAAGAACCGACUUCCAAAUUCAACAUCAAUUAAAGCCAGCUACUUUCAUAAAUAUAAAGAGAUACAGCACAUCCUGGACACAACCCAGAAAUCCCCGUUUUACAAGCCAAAGUAACCUUGCGGUAAGCUCUUCAGAGUGGCUCCAGUCUGUGUCCCAGCGGUCAUUUGAAAGUUUGUCACCUCUCAAGGUGCCCAAGAAGAAGAAAAAACACUCUCAAAUCAAGGCCACAAAGACUCAAGAUGUGAAACCUCUCAGCAGCAAAUGGGAGACUGCUCCCUCAAGUUUUGAGAAGGAUGCAGAUAUCAAAGGAAAGAGUCUUCAAGCUGAAGGAUCCAGUGACCAAAACUCUAAGCAAAUAGCUCCACAUCUAACUAGGAAUAGGGAUGAGCAACCAAAUAGGAAUUAUGGACAACCUACUUCCAUUUGAAGUUCCAAAGGGACAAAUAAUUUAGCUUUAUGCUACUCUGAAAACUGUGGAUGAAAAAUAACAUAUGCUUACAUAGUAAAAAGAAAAGGAAAAGAAAGAAAAAUGAGAAAGCCCUCCCCACCCCCCUAACUCCAUCCCUCCCCUUACACAUACAUAUACUAAACUACAAACUCUAGAUAACUCUUCUUUAGUGGGAACAUCUUUUAGAGAUUUAAAAAGAAAUCCAAAGAAAAUACAGAAAAUUUAGAAUUACUUACUUAUAUAUAAUUUUUGUCAAGAUGGAAAAAAAUCUGUGAACUUUUGAAUUCUCCUAAAACAACUUAUGCAUAAAACUCAAGGAAGGAAUGGCAUAUACUAUGACUUUAACAUCCCUACAAGGCACCUUAAUGAAUCAGCAAACAUCAUUUCUUGAUUUUCUGUUACGUCUUUAGUGUGCUAGAAACCACCAACGAUAUAAAAGACAUUUCUCCCCACUGGAA